CGAGGGAAGGAUUCGUUAUGCUGUAAGCAGGAAGCUUGUCUCCAGACACUUAAAACUGUGCUUGCUUCAGUGGCUGACGAGACAGAAUUGUGUUCUAGGUAGGGGUGUGUAGUUACUCCACGUGUUACAAACAAGAUGAAUAUAGCCCUAUCACGUGACGAGUCGUUUGCACAAAGAUGUUAUGGUAUGCACAUGCAUAUUGUAAUUCGGAAGCCAUGAACACUAUCCCUGCAGUGUGUGAUACUGAGUGUUGAUCUAUUAUCUCACAUGCUGGAAACAAUUGUUAAAUCUCUCGUAGGCCGAUAUCCUGCAUGUGCUGGGAAAUGUUGCCAUUGACCGUUAAUUAGAUGGUAUUUUGUUUACUACGUAGGUGAACUCGUGCCAAGGUUAGUACAACUAGUAACUGACCAUACCCUCCCCGCUACACGUGCACGGUGUUGAUGAAUGGGUCAGUAAGUGAUACAGGACAAUGCAGUGGACAUAUCUGAGAGUACUGACCAUUUUGGUGGCUACAGAGUCACUGGUACUUGCGGAUCGCUCACUGUCGAGACAGGAUGUCCUCAACCACCUCCUCAAUACUUCCCGGUACGACUCGAGUAUAGCCCCGAAUUUUGAGCAAGACACCGCGACAAAUGUAACUAUACAAUUGUUCGUGCGGAGCAUACAUUCCAUCCGGGAGAUAUCCAUGGAUUUUUCCGUGGACAUCUUCCUUCGUCAGAAAUGGACUGACCCCCGUCUUGUGUUUACCAAUAUGACUGAUAUUACAAGACUCGAGCUCGAUCAGAAACUCAUCAACAAGGUCUGGGUACCUGAUACCAUCUUCACUAACGAAAAAGAGGCUACAGUCCAUUCCAUCACCGUCCCUAACAAACUGAUGCAUCUGUACCAGAACGGUACCGUAUUCUACAGCGCCAGGAUUGGUAUGACAUUGAGUUGUCACAUGGAGCUGCAGAAAUAUCCUCUGGACUCGCAGUUCUGUCCGUUCUACAUGGAGAGCUACGGCUACACGACAGAAAAUUUGAUUUUUCACUGGGAUCAGACGAAUGCUAUGGAAAUAACCGAGGUUGAACUCCCUCAGUUCUUUAUUGAAUCUGACCCUUACUUCGACCGCUGUGAUAAAGACUAUGGGGAAGCUGGCAUUUUCACUUGUUUGGAGGCUGGGGUACGACUUAAAAGGAACACCGGAUAUUACGUAAUACAGGUAUUCGUACCUAGCAUCCUCAUCGUCAUUCUUUCGUGGGUCUCGUUUUGGAUUGACAUUGAUUCGACACCAGCGAGGAUUUCAUUGGGUGUUCUCACGGUGCUCACUAUGACUACACAGAGUUCCGGUGCACGUUCUCAGCUUCCACGUGUCUCGUACGUCAAGGCUAUUGAUGUUUGGAUGGCGACGUGUCUUUUCUUUGUUUUUGGAGCAUUAAUAGAAUUUGCAUAUGCAAAUGUGACAUUCAGAGGAAAAAAGAAGGAGAAAGGCCUCCAAACAACAAUUCAAGCGAAUACUGACUGUGUACCAAAUAAAAAGUCAUUCCGAUUUUUUAAGAAAUGUGAUGAUCCAAAAAGAAGAGCUAGAUACAUCGACAAGACAUCACGCGUUUUGUUUCCGGCCUCUUUUAUAAUUUUCAACAUAGUAUUUUGGAUUUACUAUUCGUUUGCACCCGACAACAACCCACAUAUUACGUAAACGUUGGACUACCUACUGUGGCUUCCAGGUGUUUGGACAGUGUUAUAUGAACGCUUGUAACUCUUCUGUGCCAUUCCGAUUAUUAAGUAAACAUUCAUUUAAUCUUUGACAAACGAUUUGACGAACGCAUCCAACGCUGUUUUAUGUUCGUAGAUGCGUACAACUACGAAUUAUUUGUUUAAGAACAUAUUUUCAUACUUUUCAUAUGUUGCUGCUGUAGUAAUGCGUAUGUAUAUGCAGGAAGACAAAAAAUGUCUUGGUGCUUCCCAUGUAGCUACAGUGCAAUUUAGCAAAUUUCAUGGAAUCUCUCAAGCAGUAUGGAUAUGCUUUUUCCACUUUUAAAGUAUUUUUUGAACAACAUGCUUUCUCGUUCGUUAAUGUAGAACUUCAUACCGACAUGUACGCAAAUAUUUAUGAUCUCUGGUUUUGAAUAUAUAACUUAUUGUGACUAUUUAAUCCGCUUUGAUGAUAUCAAUGCGAUGUGAUCCAUAGUUUGUUCUAAACAAUUAUCCUCGAUGUUAUAUUUGCGAUUCUCAUUAAUUUCUGAACAAUCAUCUUCCCUGCCUAAUAUUUGCACUGCCUUUUUUGAGAUUUAGCACGUUUUUAUAUAUUGGACCCAAAUGGUUUAUAACCAUUGUAAUGAUAAGAAAUGAGAAAGUAUCAUCUUUUAAAAGCGAUGCUGUAGUUUGUAGUUGCGUAACAUUUAUGAGUUCAGUACAUUCAAAGUAUAAAUGUAAAUCACACGUUUCCAGUAUGUUUUGCCUUGCUGUUUGACAGCCUAUACGACUGCGCAGUCCUUGGGGUUACCUGUAUGUUUAUUGACUUAUCUGUUUGACAACCUAUACGACUGUGCGGUCCUUGGUGUUAUCUGUAUGCUUAUUGACUUAUCUGUUUGACAGCCUGUACGACUGGGGACCUUAGUGUUACCUGUAUGUUCAUUGACUUACCUGUUUGACAGCCUAUACGACUGUGCGAUCCUUGGUGUUACCUGUAUGUUUAUUGACACAUGUUUGACAGCCUAUACGACUGUGUGGUCCUUGGUGUUACCUGUUUGUUUAUUGACACCUGUUUGACAGCCUAUACGACUGUGCGGUCCUUGGUGUUACCUGUUUGUUUAUUGACACCUGUUUGACAGCCUAUACGACUGUGCGGCUUCAGUGUUACCUGUAUGUUCAUUGACAUACCUGAGUAUUCCUGAUGUACAGCGCCUAUUCCGGUUUACCUGAUAGGUUUGAUGUAUCAUUCGGAUUAUACUUGUUGUUAUAGGGAUAUCUUAUUCAAUAAGAUGUGAUAUAUCCAUAAACUGAGGUGAGAGAAGUCUUUUGCAUAAUGAUCGAAUCUUAAUUAAUAAAUCUUACUUUGUUCCAUCACUUUUGAUACAUCAUUAACAAAUGUUUGUUAUUAAAGCUUUUCAAUUUGA